AUGAACUCAAUCCGCCAAAUCCAGUCGCUCAACAAGCGCGAACUGGAAAAUGCUGUCCCCCCGGAAGCAUCAUGGCAUGCCGACUAUCGUGACACCGCUUACAUCUACAUCGGUGGCCUCCCCUACGAUCUGUCGGAGGGUGACGUCGUGACAAUCUUUUCGCAAUACGGCGAGCCCGUGCAUGUGAACCUGGUGCGCGAUAAAGAAACGGGGAAGAGUCGUGGCUUCGCGUUUUUGAAAUAUGAGGACCAGCGCAGUACCGACCUGGCGGUGGAUAACCUGGGUGGCGCGACGGUCUUAGGACGGAUGCUGCGCGUCGACCAUGUGCGGUACAAACGACGCGACGAUGAGGAGGAGGGCGACAACGUCGCAAGAUUGAUGGGCGACACCGACAACAAGAAUGCGGGUGACGGGGAUACGGACGAUGAGCGGAGGCGACGAAAGAAAAGACGGACCAGUGAUGAUGAGCCGCGGAGGAGGCCACUUCUCAAAGAAGAAAAGGAGCUGGAGGAGCUUAUUCGCAAUCAUGAUGAUGAAGACCCCAUGAAGGAAUUUCUCAUCGAGGAGAAGAAAGAGGAGGUUACACAGGCCUUGGAACGGCUGGAGAGGGAGGAAAAGUCAUCCAAACGCCGAGAUCACAGUCGCGAGAGGUCAAGUCGUCAUCAUAGGUCUCACCGUCAUCACCGACGAGAGGACGACCGCUCCCGAGAGCGCGAAAGGAGACACCGCGAUCGCAGGUCCCGGUCCCGGUCUAGGGGUGACAGGGACAAGAGGAGAUCCCCGUCCCGGAGAGAUAGAGACUACAGAGAUAGGACACCGGUUGGGUCGCGAUCGCCCGAACCAAGGCGCCAUCGGGAUAGGGAGGAGCGGUAUCGUUAA